AUGCUGCCCCUUCUCCUUCUAAUUUUCAUUCUUUUCUUUGUGAUUCUACUAUUUUUCGCCGUUCGCUCCUAUCCGAUUCCUCUCCUACCCCAAUCCCGUAUUCUACUCCUAAUUGCUCAUCCUGACGACGAAACAAUGUUCUUCUCACCGACGAUUCGAGCGCUGACGAACGCUGGACACCGAGUUUUUAUUCUUUCCGUUUCAAAUGGCAAUUUCGGUGGAUUGGGCGAAAUUCGUGCUCGUGAGCUCUCUCGUGCCGCUUCUAAACUCGGAAUCUCCUCGAGUGACGUCAUCUGCCUAGACUAUGAUGAAUUUCGGGAUGGUGACACGUGGAACCGGAAUGCUCUAUGUCAAAUUGUGAUGCGCCACGUGGAAGUACUGUCGGCGGAUACCGUAAUCUCGUUCGAUUCGUACGGUGUCUCUGGUCAUCAUAAUCAUUCGAGUUGUUUCGAUGCACUUCAGACAGCGUACAGUAACGGAGGCGUUCCACGAGACGUUCAAAUCUUCGUUCUGGAUUCAAUUCCUCUGUGGAGAAAGUAUAUUGGAAUGUGGGAUGCCUUAUUCUCAUUCGGACGUUCUCCAUUCUUCUACAUGGCUCGUUUCCGGGAUGUCGCCGCGUGUUGGAGAGCUAUGUGGGCUCAUCGAUCGCAAUUCGUCUGGUUUCGGGCGUUGUUCAUCGUUUUUAGCAGAUACGUGUACAUGAAUAGUCUUCGACGAAUCUCGCCGCUUCCAUUGACACCGUCGGCGCCGCGGAAUUCGCAAAAAUUCAAAUUUCAUUAG